UCCGCUCCCGUCUCCGCCGCUCUCGGCUGCUCUCGGUCGCUGCCGCACCGUCCGAGGCGGGGGCCGGGGCCGGGGCCGGGGCCUGGGGGGGGUGGGGUGGGGGGAGAGCGGCGCCGGCGGGCCCGAGGAGGGAGGAAGGAAGGAAGGAAGGCUGGAAAGAAGGAAGCCAGGAGAGAAAGAAGGAAAGAAAGGAAGGCAAGAAGGAAGGCGGGCGGCGGGCGAGGGCGCCGGGCCGGACGGCAGGCGGGCGCGAGGCGAGGAGGCAGAGCGGCCCCCCCAGCCCCACCGCCGCCGCUGCGGAAGCCCCCUCCCCACCCAGGAGCCGGGGAGGGGGGAGAGCGCGAGAGGCUCCAGGCCCGGCCGCAGCCCCGCCCCCCGCGCCUCCCCGCAGCGGGCCUUGCACCCCAAAUUCCUGAGCCUCACUGGGGGGGUCCUCCCCCCACGGGCCGGGCAUGCUGCCCCCCGGAAGGAACCCCUCUCCUCGCUCCCCCCAGUGUCCACGCGGAGCAUGAACAUUGAGGAUGGCGCGUGCCCGCGGCUCCCCGUGCCCCCCGCUGCCGCCCGGUAGGAUGUCCUGGCCCCACGGGGCAUUGCUCUUCCUCUGGCUCUUCUCCCCACCCCUGGGGGCUGGUGGAGGUGGAGUGGCCGUGACAUCUGCCGCCGGAGGGGGCUCCCCGCCGGCCACCUCCUGCCCCGUGGCCUGCUCCUGCAGCAACCAGGCCAGCCGGGUGAUCUGCACACGGAGAGACCUGGCCGAGGUCCCAGCCAGCAUCCCGGUCAACACGCGGUACCUGAACCUGCAAGAGAACGGCAUCCAGGUGAUCCGGACGGACACGUUCAAGCACCUGCGGCACCUGGAGAUUCUGCAGCUGAGCAAGAACCUGGUGCGCAAGAUCGAGGUGGGCGCCUUCAACGGGCUGCCCAGCCUCAACACGCUGGAGCUUUUUGACAACCGGCUGACCACGGUGCCCACGCAGGCCUUCGAGUACCUGUCCAAGCUGCGAGAGCUCUGGCUGCGCAACAACCCCAUCGAGAGCAUCCCCUCCUACGCCUUCAACCGCGUGCCCUCGCUGCGGCGCCUGGACCUGGGCGAGCUCAAGCGGCUGGAGUACAUCUCCGAAGCGGCCUUCGAGGGGCUGGUCAACCUGCGCUACCUCAACCUGGGCAUGUGCAACCUCAAGGACAUCCCCAACCUGACUGCCCUGGUGCGCCUGGAGGAGCUGGAGCUGUCGGGCAACCGGCUGGACCUGAUCCGCCCUGGCUCCUUCCAGGGUCUCACCAGCCUGCGUAAGCUGUGGCUUAUGCACGCCCAGGUAGCCACCAUCGAGCGCAACGCCUUCGACGACCUCAAGUCGCUGGAGGAGCUCAACCUGUCCCACAACAACCUGAUGUCGCUGCCCCACGAUCUCUUCACGCCCCUGCACCGCCUCGAGCGCGUGCACCUCAACCACAACCCCUGGCAUUGCAACUGCGACGUGCUCUGGCUGAGCUGGUGGCUCAAGGAGACGGUGCCCAGCAACACGACGUGCUGCGCCCGCUGUCAUGCGCCCGCCGGCCUCAAGGGGCGCUACAUUGGGGAGCUGGACCAGUCGCAUUUCACCUGCUACGCGCCCGUCAUCGUGGAGCCGCCCACGGACCUCAACGUCACCGAGGGCAUGGCCGCCGAGCUCAAAUGCCGCACGGGCACCUCCAUGACCUCCGUCAACUGGCUGACGCCCAACGGCACCCUCAUGACCCACGGCUCCUACCGCGUGCGCAUCUCCGUCCUGCAUGACGGCACGCUUAACUUCACCAACGUCACCGUGCAGGACACGGGCCAGUACACGUGCAUGGUGACGAACUCAGCCGGCAACACCACCGCCUCGGCCACACUCAACGUCUCGGCCGUGGACCCCGUGGCGGCCGGGGGCACCGGCGGCGGCGGGGGCGGCCCUGGGGGCAGUGGUGGUGUUGGAGGGGGCAGUGGCGGCUACACCUACUUCACCACGGUGACCGUGGAGACCCUGGAGACGCAGCCCGGAGAGGAGGCUCUGCAGCCGCGGGGGACGGAGAAGGAACCGCCAGGGCCCACGACUGACGGUGUCUGGGGCGGGGGCCGGCCCGGGGACGCGGCCGGCCCUGCCUCGUCUUCUACCACGGCACCCGCCCCACGCUCCUCGCGGCCCACGGAGAAGGCGUUCACAGUGCCCAUCACGGAUGUGACGGAGAACGCCCUCAAGGACCUGGACGACGUCAUGAAGACCACCAAAAUCAUCAUCGGCUGCUUCGUGGCCAUCACAUUCAUGGCCGCGGUGAUGCUCGUGGCCUUCUACAAGCUGCGCAAGCAGCACCAGCUCCACAAGCACCACGGGCCCACGCGCACCGUGGAGAUCAUCAACGUGGAGGACGAGCUGCCCGCCGCCUCGGCCGUGUCCGUGGCCGCCGCGGCCGCCGUGGCCAGUGGGGGUGGUGUGGGCGGGGACAGCCACCUGGCGCUGCCCGCCCUGGAGCGAGACCACCUCAACCACCACCACUACGUGGCUGCCGCCUUCAAGGCGCACUACAGCAGCAACCCCAGCGGCGGGGGCUGCGGGGGCAAAGGCCCUCCUGGCCUCAACUCCAUCCACGAACCUCUGCUCUUCAAGAGCGGCUCCAAGGAGAACGUGCAAGAGACGCAGAUCUGAGGCGGCGGGGCCGGGCGGGCAAGGGGCGUGGAGCCCCCCACCCCGGGCGCAGCCUGACUGGGACCCCUCCCUCCCACAGCCCAGCCCACCUUCUGGGACCACGCAGGGAAUUGGGGAGAGGCGGCUUCCAGCCCCAUCUGGGGCUCGGACCCCCAGUGAGGACAGGGUGGGGCUCCAGGAGCGGAGUCUCUGGGGUCCUCGCCUCACCCCCGCCAAUCCCCGGUGACGGGAGGGGACGUGGGACCCAGGAGAAGUGGCCUGAGUUCUCCGCGUUUCCUCCUCGCUCUCCCACCAAGCGUUCCCGGCCCGCCGCCUUCCAGGGGAGAGAGGAGCUUUUUCCAGGGGUGUCCUUUCCCCUCGGCCCCAAACACCCUCCUUUUACGGUUCAGUUUUUGCAGUUUGACGCCCGUCCCUCCCUCCCACUCCUCCGCCCUCAAAACUGAAGAGAUGGACACGUCGCCAGAGCUCCCCUCCCAGCGCCCGGCUCUGCUCCCGGCCGGCGGUCCCUGUCGUCGGCAGGGGGUGGCAGCCUCCACCCGCCCCAGCCCCACCUGCCCCACAGACACUUUUGAUACUGAAGGGAGGUUUGCGUCAACGACUACCUGCUCUGUAAUUACUUUAAAAAAAAACAUGGAAAAAGUAAAAAAAUA